UAUGAGCUCCAGGAUAUGGGUUUAGAAGAACUAUGGGUUUUAUUUGGGUCGGGGAAGAAUCGACGAUAUAUUGCAGCUCACAAAAUCGCUAUCCCGCAAGGAAGAGAAAGGUGUGUAGGCCUCAGGGGCUUUCAUGCCUUUACUGGGUGUGACAGUGUGUCCUUCUUUGUCGGAAAAGGAAAAAAAGCAGCAUGGAAAACAUGGAUGUCAUGUGAGUCAGCAACCGACGCAUUUAUUUUUGUCUUUUCCGAAUGACCACAUUCCAAGUCACAUUCAAGCACUUUUUGAAAACUUUACAUCAAUGAUGUAUGUUGCAACUACAGGAUUCUCCAAAGUCGAUCAGCUUCGAAGGCACCUGUUCUGUACUGAAAAUAAGCCGCUACACCUAAUUCCCCCUAGCUCCGCAACACUGGUGCAACACUGCCUUCGUGCUGCAUAUCAAGCUGGUCAAAUUUGGGGCAGAUCAUUGGACAUGUUAAAGUGUGACCCACCGACACCAAUUUCUUGGGGUUGGGUGCAGCGCAAUGAAGUCUGGGAGCCAGUUUGGUCAACACUUUCAUCUAUAUGAACAGCAUGCAGGGAGCUGGAAAAGUGCGGCUGUAAAUCAGGGUGUG